AUGCAUGUGCCACGUUGUCAAACAGAGAGCACAGUUGUUGAAUCAAACCCAACAUUGAUCCUUUUUGAGGAGAAACUGCAGCAGCAGAGGACCAAUCUGACCUGAGCCAUGUCUGGACUGAACGCAUCUCUCGGAUACUUUGUGGCUUUGGUGAUUUUUGCAGCGUCAGUACGGACUCUUCUCAAAAAAUGGUCUCAGUUGAGCUUCGUUCUGGAGUUUGCCUCCUCUUUCAUGCUGGUGGGUUGCUGGCUAGAGGUGCAGACCAUAGUAGAGGUGGGUCAGUGGGCUGGGGGCUUGGGUCCUGAUGUGACCGUGACAAUGCUGUUUUUGGUGCUGCUGACCCACGGUGUGGUCUGUGGUGGAGCAUCAGGGAAUCCUAACCAGGUUGUGCUGAGGUUCCUGCAGCUGGAGGCCUCCAUUCUUCCCACUCUGCUGUCAGUCGUGUCCCAGUUCCUCGGGGCACAUUUAGCCAUCCAUAUUGCUGUGUACUACUGGAGCCUGGAGCUGACUGACAUGCACAUGAUCAAAAACCUGAUGGCCUCGUCAUGCAGCACAUCCCUGCUGGUCUCUUUGCUUCAGGGUUUCUUCACAGAGUGUGUUUGUGCUUGUAUCUUUCACCUGGUCCAUCUAAACCUGCGACGCAGAUCUGCCUUGAUCCGGGUCCCUCUGAUUGCUGUCCUCCUCACAUUCCUGUCCCAUACAGCCAGCGUCUUCACCUCAGCUUAUAUAAACCCAUCUUUGUCUUACGGCCUCACCUUCCACUGCCCUGGAUUUACCCUCACAGAGUACAUGGUGGUCUACUGGCUGGGCCCGCUGACAGGCAUGAUCCUGGGUCUGCUCUUGUACAUGGGACAUAUUCCAAGGAUUUUUGCCAAGAACCUUUUCUACUCCAAGAAGACUAAUUUCAGAGCACCCAAAGGAGACAAGAAGAAAAUGUGAAAGAAACUACAAUCAGCCCU